AAUUACUGCACAACGAAAUCCAGCCCUACUAGCUCCACCUGCUCCAGCUAGCCUAACGAACUAACACCGACAACGACCGUACUGGUUACGCUGGUUACCACGGAUCACCAUGAAUCAAUGCAGGUUACCGUUCAAACCUGUAUCAAUUUAGAUUCUUUAAGGGUUCCGAUCUCCGACGAUAGUCCAUAACACUCAGAAUUACUGGGCUCUCAAAUGUUCAAUUUAUUUACGUUCCGUACAGUCUUGUUUUAUCAUACACAAAUAAGUACGAAACUCAUAGCUCUUAAAUUAAUUAUAGAUAUGUUGCUGUGGCCUAUUCCUCAUUAAAUAAAAAAAAAAUUACACUAAAUGAUGACAGAAUUAGUGAGUUUUGGGGCUUUUUCCAUCGUCCGAUAUUCUAAUCUAGAAAAUAGAAAACUACGUUUCGAAAACCGGAUCUGCUUCCAUCCUCAGGCGAGAGUUCAGAGACCUAAUCUGUUGAGUUCCUUAGAAAGAACUAACCUCAGUCACUGGACAGAGUGCAAAAAUCCAGUAAUUCUAAGUGUUAUGGACCAUCGUCGGAGGUCGGAACUCAUAAUUUUUUUUAAAUUGAUACAGGUUUGAACGGUAACCAUUGAUUCAUGGCGAUCCGUGGUAACAUGUACGGUCGUCACGGACGUUGACUGUGAUAUACGAACACAACUGUUUGGACCAGUUUGGACCAUUUGGACCGGUUUGGACUUGGACAGAGGGAUAGAGUGGGAUAGAGUAUGGCGGCGGAUGAGAGAAAUUUUCGUGCUUCUUAUUACGAAAAAGUUGGCUGCAGAAGCGUUGAGGAGAAGAAAUCACUGGAAAUUCUUCUCAAAGAUAAUAAGACUCUAGAUAAAGUGAAAUUACAACAAUUCUGUUUGAGAUUUACGGUACCUGGAAUAUAUAGAAACUUAGUGUGGAAGGUCCUUUUUGAUGUUCUGCCAAUUCAUGUGGAUAGUCAUAAAUUUGUUAUGGAGCAGAGAGAACAAGAAUACAGUGAUCUGGUGCAUUCGCUACAUUUCAUGAGAAUGGCUAAUGAUCAAACACCUAAGCCACACUUAUUCCUUUUAAUGUGGUUGCUGGAAACUGGGAAACUAAAGUACAGUUGGAACACCCAGAUAAAUAACACUUUAUACCAGAGUCUUCGUUCCAUUUCACAGUCCCUUUUAAAUGUAUUUGACAACAGUGUUGAUAUAUAUUGGAUCUCAAAGGGAUUUUUCCAGUUUGUUGAUAAGUUCUACAAUGAUGUGCCUAAAUUAACAGAAUACACCUGGAACCUACUAGAGAAGGAGGAUCAAAUACUUUUUAAUCAUCUUCUUGAUAUUGGAGCCUGGAACGUAAUCCCAUUGCAGAGCUGGCUGUGUUCGUGCUUUGCAGGAGUGAUAAGUGAAUCUUCACUUGGGAAGGUAUGGGAUAAAUUGGCAGGUGGCUCAUGUAAAAUUUUGGUGUUUGUUGCUGUUGUUAUUUUGAGAACUUUAAGGCGAAAUUUACUGUCGUGUAAAAUGUCAGAUAAUGUUCUGAACUGCUUGAACAAUAUACCAGAAGAAACAGCAGAAAUUAUUGUGAAUAAGGCUAUAGAAAUGUGGCAACAGUAUGGAAGUUUGUUAACUCCAGGAGCAGGCCCAGACAAUUUGAAGGCACAUUUACCAGUUAGUCGCAAUAAACCUGCACAGGGAACUGCGUAAAGCAGAGGUUUUUUUAUACACUAUCCGAAGUUUUUUUUCUCUUUCAUAAUGCAGGGAAUGUGUGUUUUUUUUUUUUUAGAAUAUGUUUCUUGUGCCAUCAGAUUUGGUGGCAGCAACAUGUUUCUCCUGGAAAGUUAUUUUGCAAUUUGAAUUAAUAUUAUCAGUGGUAUAGAAGAAGAUAUGCUUCUUGUACAUACUUGUAUGAUACUGCAUAAAUUUCUAUACAUGGCUGAAUAAGUACUUGUCUGACAAGAAUGCAUUGUGUUCUUUUCAUUUAUAGGAGGAAACAAGAUUAUUUGGCCAAAGUGGUAAUGCUUAUCACUGGUAUUUGGGAGAUGCCAAAGCCAAAUCUUAGCCUGGAUACAAUAUUAUAUUUAAGCAUCCUGUUACACUCACACAAUAUAUAUGAGACAAACUCCGUCUUAAGUGCAA